AUGGCGUUCCGCACACCAGAAGAAUGGCUGGAUCAGUUUGCUCGCGUAUCCGAAGGACGUUUCCUGACUAUCGGCUUAGACAGUUUGUCAGAUCAACACAAGCAAGAAGCAAUGAACUUAGCAUGUGACCUUGUGCGUGUGUUCGCACCCGAUGUGCAAUGGUCAAUCGCCGAGGAUGGGCUCCCUGAGGUUGAAAUGGAUGUCGUCGCAUCGGAUCAGGACGAAGAGAAUGAAGAGGAGGAUGAGGAUGUCCCGCAUUUAACCCAAGAGGAGGACGACAAGCUCCUUACAGAUGCGGGGGAAUUGGCCCGGAGGCUGAAUCUUUGGCAGAGGCCUCUGACCCCUCACGACUUCAUCCACGUACUCAUGGCAGAGCAAUCCCCCCGAAAGACAGACAGGAUUGCAGAAGGUGUAGGUCUGGCAAUGCGUGGCGUCCAGUGGGCGUCCUGUGCGGAAUGGGAGGAUGCUCUCCAUGAUCUGAAGCACGACAUGACACCUACACAGCUGAGUCGGGACACUACCCGCUGUGACUUGCUCGAAUCUGUAUCCUCAAGGUUGCAUAUGAGGAACAAAAUCAUGGCUGCACACGAGGGGAACCAUGGCGCGGGAAGGGUGGUUCAGCAGAUUGUGCACCGUGUUGAGAGUGUCAAAUUUGCAGUGGACUGGCAACAACUGUCGAAGCGCGAUAAAGGUGUCUGGUUCAAGGACCACUUUCGCUUGCACUCCCACCACAGGCACCUGUUCUCCCACCUUGAUGAAGACGAUCAAGAGGUGAUUGCUCAAACUAUCAAGACUCAUCGCAUAGACUACAAGAAAUGGAAACGUUCGCUGGAGAGCAUCACGACCGCACGAAACCGCUUACUAGAGCUCAUUCGCCAUUAUGGUGCAGUCUCCCUCUUAGUCCCUUCCUGGGAUGAGGAUAUCUUGAAGCGCUCCAGAUAUGCACGAGACCAUCAGGUUAUCAUUGCUUUGAUCGACCGCAUUAUCCCUCCACAACAUGAUCCCACAGACGUGCAUGGCGAGGGAGCUCAUCCCUUAGCCAUCCACCAACCUUCGAUGCGCCACGCUGUCUGGAAUAUUGCAAACAGUUUGGGUGAUGAGGAUAUGGCUGAGUAUGUACAAGGAUUUCUUGCAUUUCUGAACGCACAUGUGGAACCCGCCCAGAGCACCAGCAUUAGCCUCGACGAGUGGCGAGUCUUUGUUGAUCGCCACAGAUGA